AUGACGACGAACAAGACCAAGUCUUCUUCUUCUUCUUCUGGAAAGACCAGAAAGAGCGCAAGCGGCAGUGGCCAGCAGGCGGAGCCGAGCGGAUGCAGAUAUCUUGGCGUGAGGCGGCGGCCGUGGGGGCGGUACGCGGCGGAGAUAAGAGACCCCAACACCAAAGAACGCCACUGGCUCGGCACGUUCGACACGGCUGAGGAGGCGGCGUUGGCCUACGAUCGAGCGGCGCGAUCCAUGCGAGGGAAAUCAAGAGCGAGGACUAACUUUGUCUACUCCGACAUGCCUCCCGGCUCUUCCGUCACCUCCAUUAUCUCCCCCGAUGAGCCGCAAUACGCGGUGUACAAUAACGACUUCCCGCAUUUCCCGGGGGGUUUGUUUUCCUCCGCUCCCGGCCAAAACGGGGAGCAGCAUUAUCAGUCCGGUGGUAAUGGUAACCACACUGGCGGCGCCGAUCAAUUCCUGUUCUUCGGCGGCGAUCAGAGCGGCGGCGGCGGCGCUCUGCUGGAUACCGGCGGUCUAAACGGCGGCUGUGAGUUCUUUCAGGAUUACUAUUGCGGUAGCAGUAACGGAAACGGCGUGGAUGAAAGCAAUGCCGCCAUGGCGAUGGCGGCGGAGCUGCCUCCUCUGCCGCCCGACAUCACCACCAGCUGCAGCGGCGGCUACUUCGGCAGCGGCUUCGGCGGCGAAGCUACCAGCAGCGGUGACAAUAAUGCAGCAUACACCACCGUUAUGGGCGGAAGCGGCGACGGAGGAGUUUCAGCCUCCGCCGGAUGGGAUUUUUACGGAUACGGCGGCGGCUCAUCGGAGAUGGCGAUGCAACAACCGCAAGCUCCCCCCGAGCUACAGAUGAGCUACGGUUCAUCGGAAUCCGAUGGUAUAAACAUGUUCACGGCCAAUUCUUAUACUUUCUCAUCUUCAAACAACUAUGGCGGCUAUUGGCUCUAA